AUGGACGUCGCCGCCCUCACCGCGCGCGCCGUCGACGCGUACAACACCUCACACACGUUUGCGCGAGAUGUCCUCUCGCACCGUUUGGCCGUCGACGACGCCAACGCCGCGCACGCGCUCGUCGCGAUCGUCACGCUCCUGGCCAUCGUCGUCGCUUUCCGCGUCGUUUUCGGCGUCGGUGGCGCCUUCGCCGCCCUCGCGAGCGGUCCGGGCUCGCGUUCGAAGACGUAUAAACCCGCGGUGUUGCUGCUCGGCGGUAAAGGUUGCGGGAAGACGGCGCUGUGGCAGGGGUUGAAGUACGGAGAGCAGCGUUUCAGGACGACGACGAGCGUCGAGGCGAACGAGUGCGGCGACGCGGUCGUCGUCGGGAAGAAUAGCCGAGGGCGAGAGGUGACAAAGUCGCACGUGCGCGUCGUGGACGUUCCAGGACACGCCAAGCUGCGCAAGGAAGCGCUGCGAGAGUUGGCGCGGGCGCGCGCCGUCGUCUUCGUCGUGGACAGCGUGUCCUUCGCGAGCGAACGCAAGGAAGUCGCCAAGUUCCUGUUCGACAUCCUGAGCGACGAAUCGUUUCAAACGCGCAAGAUCCCACUCAUGAUCGCGUGCAACAAGUGCGAGAAGCUCACGGCGCACCCACCGGAUUUCAUUCGAAAACGUCUGGAACGAGAAAUCGACGCGGCGCGCGCCGCCGACGCCGGCUCCCUCCCCGAAAUGGCAAUCACCGCCGCUCAGCGCCGCGCGAACGCCGUGGCAAAGAAAAAGCGCGACAAGUACCGUACGCUCUGUCAAAGACCCGGGGAAACGUUCACGUUCGACGCCUUUACCAAAGCCUCGAGACGCCCGGGCGUCGUGUGCGACCGCGUCAGCGCGAUGAAAAAUCAACUCGCCCCGCUGUGCGAUUUCAUCGUUCGCGUCACCUGA